GGCGCGGCGAGGCCCGAGACCCUUCCCCUCCGCGCCCCGCGAUUCUCCGGCUCCCCUCGGUUCGGCCCGGCUGGGCUGCUUUGCCGGGGGAGACGAGGUGGCGGGUUUCUUGCAACCUACAAUAGCCUUACAGACAAACACCUGGCUGGGUAUUUCAGCAAUACCAGGAUAAGACGACAUCUUCAGAGAUCAGGACUGAUCUCAAGGAGUGGAAGAAUAAUACCUGAGAAAGAAUACCGGCUAAAUGCUAUGAGGAGGGAUCACCAGAGAUAUGUACAGGAGUGCCUGGCUCGGGCCAUAUUUCUUAAGGUCCUUGACAUGGAGCGUCAUCAUCAGCUGGAAAUAAAAAGGAAUCUUGAAAAUUCUGUGAGGAAAGAGAGGGUUCUGCAGAAGAACAAGGUGGAACGAUCCCGAAGAUCAGUGGAAGGUGCUAGCCCUGUGCACUCCCCACAUCCACCACUUGGUCCCAGAAAUCAUUAUGGACUCCAUCCUUCAUUGGCUGGAGAACCAACUAGUCAUUCACAAAUGAGGGCACCUGGACUUGCAGAUUAUAGCGGUGGACAUCCUUCUUAUCAACACCGAUCCAAGGAGUCUUCUUUUUUUAAGAUAACUUCCUGUCGACCACAUACAGCUCCAGGAAAUAUGCAACACCCACUUCGACUCCAGCCACUUCACAGCUGUGCUGUAGUAGGGUCUGUUCCAAAGACUUCCAGCUCUAAACAAAAGUGCCAUGUGCUUGAAAAUGAUCAGCAGUUAGCUAGUGGGGGGGAGAAGACUGAGUUAAGACUUAUGAACUCAAUAGAAUAUGUGACUGGUAAAUCCCCAUAUCGACUCCCUGUCAUUAACAAUUAUGUGAUACCAGUGCCACCUCCCCCUCUACAAAAAGGAGACAAGAGUGUAAAGGCAACAAGAAGUGGGAUGCCCAGAGGGAGACGAUUUCGCCCCCCCACCACACCAAAUGGCUUAGAGCAACUUUUAACAAAGAAUUCUGGAGGAUUACCUAAGCCCUCAUUACGCAGCAAUGCAUUUGUUACCAUGAUCUUUCUAGGAAAAAGUGUGCAUUUAUCUCAUGAUGAUGCUGAUUAUAAAGAUGAAGUCAAAGUCUGUCAACAGCACUGUGGAGGAGAAAACCUUUGUGUCUACAAAGGCAAGCUGUUGGAAGGAGAGACUUUCCAGUUUGUCUCAAAGAGGCACCACGGUUUCCCAUUCAGCCUCACCUUUUUUCUUAAUGGGAUGCAAGUGGACAGGUUGAGCUCUUGCUGUGAGUACAAACAUCAGAAGCGUUCCAGGCUGGGAGGCAGACACGGAUACUUUGGUUUCCUUAAUGUGGAAGGAGCAUCUCCUUGCUAUAGGUGCAUUAUUGCCAUGGGUCUGGACAAAAAGCCAUCCCCUCCCAAGAGAAAGAUGGAGAAGGACUAUGAGGAAAAGCAAGUGGGUUCCUGGAAAGGUGGAGCGCACAGUGAGCCAAGUGAUAGCAGUGUUGAACAGAAAUCAAGCACAGAUUUGGUGUUAGUCAUCUUACCAGGUCAUGAAGCAAGUUUGGAAACCAUUGAAGAGAAAAUGGAGACUGGACAGGAGUAUAGAGGAGAAGAAAGGAAAAAACUAUUAAAUCGUGAGACUGAAGAUAGUCAGGAAGACACUGGUAAAAAUGACUAUGAUGAAGAUUUUGAAGCAGAAGAAGAAGAUAAUGAAGAAGGACAGAGUAGUGAUCAAAGAAAUGGAAUGUCAAAGUCAUCCCCGGAUGAUGAAAAACUUAAUUUAGACUAUGAAAAGGAGAGUGAAAACUCAUCACAGAAGGCACUGCAGGCCUCUGUCAGUGAGAGAGAUGAAAGUGAUGGGUAUUCUGACAGUGACUUGGAGGAUGACAAACAAGGUAGGAGGUCUGCACAUUCUCUCUCAUCCACCAGUGCUCAGUAUAGCAGUGGAGAUGACUCUGAUGUUGAAAAGAUGGUAGAAAAUGUUAAGGGCAAAGAGGAGUAUGAUGUCAAAAAGGCAUCUGAUAACAAAGCACAUGCACAGUACGGAAAUGAGAAUGGGGAAAAUAAACUGUUCAGAACAGAGGACAAUCAGGAAACUUUUACACUGGAAAAGGAAGGCAUACAUGAAGCAGAAAAGACAAAACCAGAAGAUCUACCAGCAGGGGAAGAUACUGAAAUUUUUCAUGAAAACAUAAUGGCAAUACAGCAUCAAAGUCCUGAAGUUAAUUGGGAACUCAGACAGGCUGGGGCAGUAGAAAGUAACAUAAAAGAAGAUGGGGAGAAGAAUGCAAGUAACAAGAGGGACAAUGGGGAGAAAGAUGUUCUAGUGCCUUUGGAAAAUAAUAUAAUGGAAGUGGAGAACAGAAAUGAAGAACUUCCUCAGAGUGACAAAGGAGGUGCACCAGAUGGAGCUUUCUUGGCAGAAGGAACAAGAGCACUUGAUGUGCAGAAGGCAGCAGAACAAGAGGCACGAGGAGGGCAGGUGGCAGGGCAGAGACAAGCACCGGUGCAGGAAGGCUGUGCAGCUGAGGAGGGAGACACUCACCCUGACGAGGCAGGACGGGAAGCGGCCUGGGCAGGAGGUUUGCUGCCCAAGGGAGAGGUGGUGGCCAUGGUGCCGGCGGGUCAGCUGGCUGUGGAAGGACUGGCACCUGCCAGGGGGGCCAUGGCAGAAGGAGAUGCCAAGGAAGAGGAGCCAGGGAAGGGAGUGCCUGGAGCAGAAGUAGUAGCUGAGGGGCAGAAAGUUGUGACGAGGGUGAUGGAGAGUGUGGGAGCACUGCAGGAGCUAGGGAGUGAGGGAGAGGAACUGGCAGGCGUGGGGGGCACGGCGGGCAGAGAGGCAGACGGGGCAGUGUCUGGGAGCAGUGAGGGAGCCGGGGAGCUCUCUGGAGAAGGGGAGGCCAUGGAGAAGGCCUCUGGGGUGGAGAAGGCAGUGGGGAUGGCAGAGCCUCUAUUGAAGGAGACAGUGGGUGACACCAUGUCUGAGGCAGAGGAGGCUGUGGAGGAGGGAGGUUUUGCAGGGAAGGUAAUCGUGGAGGAUGCUGUAUGCGAGGGAGAGGAGGCUGUGGAGGAUGCAAAUUUGGCAGGAGAAGAGAUUACGGGCGUGGCUGACCUUGAAGGAUUGGAGGCUGUAGAGGAAGCUAUUUCUGAAGGGGAGGAAGCUGUGGAUAAACCUGGGGCUCUCAGGGAAACAUUAGGGGAUACCAAAGUUUGCACAGGCGGGGAAGAACUAAAGCCAAAUGAGUUUUCCCAACUGAAAGCUUCAGGGGAAGAGAAGGCAGAGAUGAAGGAUGCUGCCAUAGGAACAGCAACGUCUGAGACUGACAGACCACCAGAAGUGGAAGAGAGCUCUCUCCCAAGAGCAGAGGAGGAGGUGGUGGAGGAGUCUGUGGAUGCAGGCAAGGGUCCUGUGUUACAAGUAGCAUCUGGAUUAGGGGCUCUGGUGGAGGCUGGAAGGGAUCCUGCAAGUGAAGGGUCAUCUCUGUUGGAGCAGACAGCAACAGCAGAAGACGAGAAGGGUUCAGCAGAAGCACUUUUGACUGGAAACACAUCUUUGGGCAGUGAAGCAAAGCCAGAUGGAGCAAUGGAAGAAGAACUUGAUGGGCUAGUGAUAGGAGUAUCUGCAGAGAAAGCCGGAGCUGAGUUGGGAGGUGGAGGGGUCAUGGCGGGGGUGGCAGGUCCACAGGAGCUGAAAGCUGCAGAGCAGAGAUUGCUGGAGUCUGCUACAGGUUGGGAUGGGAUGGUGCUGGGAGCGGGGAGAGCUCCUGGCAAGGAGGUGGUGGAGGAACCAGUGCUGCCCGCAGAGGGGAGCACAGCUGGGGAGGCAGCUGGCACUGCAGUGGGGAAGGCAGGGAACAGGGGGGGAGCGGUGGGGCUGGAGGCGGCGGUGGCUGGGGACAGACGGAUGGGUGAUGAGGUGGGAGUGUGGGAGAGGGGGACAGGAGCAGGGGCAGGGGGACAGAGCAGGAUGGGGGCGGCAGGGGCGGAGGGUCCAGCAGCCCAAGGAGGGACAGUGCAGGCGGGAGCACAGAUCGAAGGGGAACAGUCUGGCCUCAGUGAAAGUGCCCAGAAGAGAAAGGCUGAGGGUGUCUCUGAAGACGCACAGGGAGACUCUUGGGUGCAGGAUCAGAGGAAGGAAAGUCCCGUGCGAGGAAGCCCAGAUGAGGAAGCUGCUGCCAUGGAUGGGAGCUGCUGUGAGGAUGUUGUAAACCUGGAUGCAGCUGUUGUGCCCUCCAUAGGGCCCCAGGACAAGGAAGAGACUGUCCUCUAAGCUUUUUCUGCAGCUUCUUCAGUGCUGUUUUCUGCAACAUUUACACAUCUACUAGAUUUGUGCCCUUUGGGAUACUCACUCCUUUAUUUUACUUUGCAAGUACAACUGUCUGUCACAUUCUCCUACAGCAGCUUCUCAGAGUGCAGCGGAUAGCUCAAAUUAGCAAGUGUAUGCCAGCCUGGGGAACAGCACUCCUUCGUAGUUAUGAAGACCACAAUCACAAGGAUUGUUCCACAGCUGCCACGCUUACUAUUUCCAAAACCCAGAGAAAUAUUUCAGUGGUGAACUUCCCAUCCUCCCCAGACACCCCUUGCUUCUGCUGGCUGAUAGGAGUGACAGAUAAGGAUAGGUGCUCUGUGUUACUGUAGGACUACAAAUGUAUGUCUGAGUGUAUGUGCUUGACUGUAUCUCCUCUCUGUCCAUUUUUCUGUGAGUUAUUUGGCUUUUUAAACUGUAAACUCUUCACUGUGAGAUGGGGUUGCGUCUUCUUUAUCAUGCGCAGGGCACUUGAGCACAUUGGUGGUUUGAUCUGGUGAGGGGCACAGGGGUGUUGCAGCAGGAGUGGGAAACGGCCCCGUCACGGCAAGUGCUGUGUGCAGGGGAGGCUGCUGGGGAGGGCUCACCAUGCAGAGCCAGGCCACACUGCAGUGCGUUCUCAGAAUUUUGAAAAGAUGUUGGGAAAUGUUAAAUCAAAGCAGUUGUAACUCAUCUAUAUAUAAUGUAAAUGAGGAAAGCCUGAGCCUUUUGCUUUUACUGGUGUUAGGUGUAACUCCCCAGGCCCAUGCAGCCUGUGGUGGAACUGCUGCUGGGCCCGUGGCAGCAUGUGGUUCAGAAUAAGGACGUUUCAACCCCAGAUUGGCUGUGGGUCUCUGCUGCCCUUUUCAGCUCCUCCACCUCUGGAGGGACCCUGAGGUCCUGCCCGCCAGGCACAGGGGUGGUAAGCAUAGCGGCACAUGGCUGUAGCUCGGUUUUCAGAUCAGGAAAGGAACUGAAACAAGCAGGAUUUUGACAGGUUUGUUACUCUAAAUUAUUUAAGAUCGAUACACAUUUAAACACAUACAAAUUUAAAAGCGAUCAAUUUGGUUUUGUUUCCUCCUGUACUAAAGAUGGUUGCAUUUGUAUUUUUAAUCUGGAUACCAGGAAGUAUUUUGAAAGAAGAAAGCAGACAAAGAAGACUCAUAGCUUUACUGUCAUCAGCAGCUUCAACAAAGCAUUGCAUUAAGUGAUCCUUUGUGGUGCAGUGGAAAUGUUUAUUCUGUGCAAGAUAGGCAAUAUUUGCUUACAAAGCAUGUGUUCGACUUCUGAGAACUCAGCAAUGGUCCUUUUAACCAGGGAGUGUCCAUAAAAUCAGUAUUGGCUUAUUCUCUGGACCAAGACAUUUCCAGUGUUGCUCAACAUAAAAAACUACAGUAAAUAGAUUACCUGUGUUUACAUACUCUA